CGUUGACUCUCGCUAACUGGAGAACAAAAGGCGCAUUCGCAAUUCGCCAAAACAGUUCCAAAUCGAAGCUCGAGUCGCUCAGAUGGCAGCAGCAACCGCAUCAGCAACAUCAGCAAUUCCAAAGCUGUACGUCAGCCGUGCCAAAAUUCAGCUGAGGCAGCCAGCAGCCAAGGCGCCUCCUCUCACCUACGAGUGGCGCACUCAGGUCACGGGUCAGGCGCAGGAGGCGCCAGUGGAGUGCAUUAAGAGCAGCUCAACUGCUGCAGCCGCAGGAGCAGCAGCGACUGGAGUUGCAGCAGCAGCUGCAGCAGCAGUCACACCCACUUAUACACCUCCACGCAUACAAGGCAACGAGGCGCAACGCAAACAACUGCCACAAACCCUGUCCAACUUUUUCGCAGCGGAGCGCUACGACAGCGCCUGGAAUCGGCUGACUAAGUGAGAGGAAAGAGUCAGCAUAUACAUAUAUGUA